GGACCUUUGAUGGCGAGUACGGUGUUCCAACCUUACUCGAACAACUGGGAUCACAGCAUGGCAAUGGGAAGUCCUCAAGCUUUCCAGAACCAGGUAUAUCCUAUGGAGUUUACCCCGUUGCCGAUGCAACAACAGAACUCCUGGGCCCAGGAUCCCACACAGAUGAUGCAGUCCCAAAUGGCGGCGAGCUUCGCGCCAAUUUCUCUGACCACGCCGGUCGUCCAACGCAUGCCCUGUUCGUGGCCAUCUUGCACGGAAUCCUUCACUCGACCAAGUGACCUCCAGCGUCACAUCGAGGCUGUCCAUCUCGGGAUCAAAUACCAUUGCCUCUGGAUUGGAUGCACCAACAAUGGCGGAAGGGGAUAUUGCCGUGCCGAGAAGUUGAGAACUCAUCAGAGACAGAAGCACGGCUUUGCUUGAUUUUAUGGGAUGUCGCAUGAGCCCGAUGGAGCGUAGAGGAGGACAAAAUGGGUGAUUGUGGUGUUGGUGAGGAGGAUCUCCUUUUCUUUUGUUGGAGGUAUUUGGAAUGAUUCCGUUAAAUGUGGUUUCGUGUUGUGUUUAGUCGAUAUGUAGCUGUUCAAUCGAAUCCCCCAGACAGA